AUUUAAACCCCUCUAAUCGUGCAAAACGCGCAGUGCUUUUUUCCAAUAUCAGUUCUUACUUAAAGAAGGCUAUAAUCUGCAGCUCGGACCAGAAAUCUCUGAAUUUUCUGCCAAUCGUGUGAAAACGUGCAUAAGCUAACUAGCAAGCUAAGGAGCAGCAGGCUGUUAGCAGUAACGGUUAGCCGGCUGUAGUCAACAAAAGAUUGUUCAUUAUUACUGACAUGUGGUGUGAAACCUGCUUCUGUGGUGGACUGAUUUACUAUCUGUAACUAUAUUUUAAUCUCCGUGGAGAAAAAUCAACAGUUUCGUCAAAGUUGGCACGUUUUCGUGACCUGUAGCAGAAGUUGGACGAUGCCUCUCCUCCGGACGUGAUCGGUACCUGAAGUAGGCCUUGUGCACACAUAGCUUGGGGUCUGAACACUUGAGUGACAGAAGGAACAAUUUUUUAAUCUGAACUAAACUCCUUCAGGUCCUUUGGGAUCAUGGCUAAAGAUGCUGGUUUGAUUGAAACAAAUGGAGAGCUGAAGGUUUUCAUCGAUCAGAAUCUGAGCCCUAGCAAAGGUGUCCUGUCCUUGGUUACUGUCCAGCCUACAGCUGUCCCCGGGGCCAAGCAGCUACUACCCAAAACCCUUGGGCCGUCUAACGUUAAUGUUGCCACACACAUGCAACAUUUGCCACACAUGGUUAUUGGAACCCCUCAGAGGCCAACAGUAUCAAAUACUAUUUUAGUAAACAGUCCACACACACCAAGUUCUCAGUUCCUCACUCAGAGUCAACCCGCUGAUGCUUCUCCUUGGUCAUCAGGAAAACGGGGUAAGAAGGGGGAGAAGAAUGGGAAAGGCUUGAGGCAUUUCUCCAUGAAAGUGUGUGAGAAGGUGCAGAAGAAGGGAGUGACCACCUACAAUGAGGUGGCAGACGAGCUGGUGGCAGAAUUCAGUUCUUCAGACAACCACAUGUCGCCGAAUGACUCGCACGUAUACGACCAGAAGAACAUUCGGCGGCGUGUUUACGAUGCGCUGAACGUGCUCAUGGCCAUGAACAUCAUCUCGAAAGAGAAGAAAGAAAUCAAGUGGAUCGGCUUGCCCACUAACUCGGCUCAGGAGUGCCAAAAUUUAGAGGUGGAGAGACAACGGCGACUGGAGAGGAUUAAGCAGAAACAGUCACAGCUUCAGGAGCUCAUACUUCAGCAAAUAGCCUUUAAGAACCUCGUUCAGAGGAACCGACAGACAGAGCAGCAAGCAAACAGGCCCCCGCCUCCUAACUCCAUCAUCCACCUUCCCUUCAUAAUAGUCAACACUAGCAAGAAGACGGUGAUCGACUGCAGCAUCUCUAAUGACAAGUUCGAGUAUUUGUUCAAUUUCGACAGCAUGUUUGAGAUCCACGAUGACAUCGAGGUGCUGAAGCGCAUGGGCAUGGCCUGUGGUCUGGAGGUGGGGAAGUGUUCAGCAGAGGACCUGAAGGUGGCACGCAGCCUGGUGCCCAAAGCUCUGGAGCCUUACGUUAUCGAGAUGGCGAAAGGUCCCAUCAGUAACGUGUACAUCACAGGAGGAUCCUCAGCCAACGGCGCUCGUUACACUGCCAGCAGUGACGGCUGCACCGACGGCACCAUGGCGUCCAGCUCCAACGACUCUCACUACAGCGGCUCUCGCGUGGAGACCCCGGUGUCUUACAUGGGGGACGACGAUGAUGAGGAUGAAUACGAGGAGAACGACGAUGAAGACUAACCGCGCUACAUGUCCCCACUCCAACAAGCACAGUCCUCCAAACAGCAGUCACAGCGGCGAUCUGGUCCCUUUUAGUGUGUGUGUGCUUCCUUCCCAAGCCCCCCCCCGUCCACGCUCGUGUUUCUGUCUGGUCUUCUCAGGGGUGUAGAUGAAUUCUGAAAGAACAGAGGAGUUGUUUGUUUAUAUUUUCCUGUUUAUUUGUUGUUUCCACCCCCCCGCUGACUCACAUGCUCCUGCACCACACCUACGAUCUGCGGGAACCGUCGUCUGUGAUCCUUUUUCAACAAGCCAUCCCACUCUCCGCUCUCUGUAAAAGCUGUUGCUGUUGGAGAAUGUAAAGUGUAUUUGUUUGAAUAGUUAUUAUUUUACUGUCACGAUGGAUAUUAUGAUCAAAAUGUUCCGUUAAUGUCUGCUGUGUUAGCGCGCCGUGGAUCCUGAUGGCUGUUGGGGCGGUUUGAAAUAGUUUCUUAUUCCCAUUGCGUUGGGUUGGCUUCCGUAUGUUUCGUAGGCAGCUGCUUUCUGAUCUUGUUAGUAUGUUUUUUUUUUUUUUUUUGUAUUCUGGAGUUGAGAAGCUGUCCCAUCACCACCCUGUUGACGCCUUUGGUAGUGUUUACAAAUAAACGGCUGAAGCGAGGUAAAGCUCCUAGGUAAUUCAGCUUUGUUAAUUACAUAUAAAUCCUACCACCAUUGUAGCUCAUAGUGUCCUUUAGAGGCCAGUGGUGAAGAUAGACCAUCGCGAUUUAUUGACGUAACAAAAAUGUGUGGUUGUAUAGGUCUUUGUGUAAUCCCUUCAAAGAUCGCCCUUUUAAAACUGAGACACAUGUACUGACUCUUCCAAAUACUUUUUCUGUAAUCUAAUAUAAGUUUGCAAAUUAAAAAUAUAGAUUGUUUUAAUAA